GUGACGUCACUCAGCUUCAGCUGUGGAGAAGGGGUUGGAGGAGAACAUCUUCCUGCCCAACCCCCACAUCUCUGGCAGGGGCGCCUGGCUUCAGCCAUGAGGCUGCCCAAGGCAGCUGGCAACUCUGUGUUCUAUGCCCAGCACCCAGAAAAGGAGGAGCAGCUGCCCUGGAGGCAGGAGGUGAAGCAGACUCCGGUCAUCAUGGCUCUGAUCAGAGGUCCCGGGCCCGCCAGGUACCUGCGACCAUCGUGCAUGGGCUACAUGGCCCACGACAUCUCCCUGUUCCGGGGGCCGGCGCUCACCCUGCAUGAGAGGCACUCCGAGAAGCGGAUUACAGACCUAUGCAGCCCUGGGCCCUGCUACUUCCUGGAUCCCAAAAUAACCCGCUUUGGAAUGUCCAGCUGUCCACAGGUGCCCAUGGACGGCCGCGUCACCAGCCUGCUUAACCCCACGCCGGCCCCUGGCCACUACAACUUGGAGAAGACCCGCCCCCCUCCCCCCGACGAGCGCAGGGCUCCCCAGUAUACCUUUGGCUACCCGUGCCCCUCCCGAGUGAUGGACCCCAACCCGGCCCCCAACUGCUACCAGCUGCCGCUCUCCCUGGGCCCCAACACUCCGGUCCACCGGGCCUCCCCCUGCUUCAGUCUGGCCUCCAUGGUUAAGACCUGGUUCUACCGGGACGACGUGGCUGGGGGCCCUGGGCCGGCUGCUCAUACCCGGCCUGAGCCGUCCGUCUACCAGAACUGCAGCCCGGCGUACAGCAUGGCGCGGCGCCACGCCUACCCACUGGACCACACACCUCGGCCUGGGCCAGGCUCCCACGAGGUGCAGCGGGUCACCCUGCACAAGCCCCGCCCACCCGCCUUCACCAUGGGCACCAGGCACUCGGCCCGUCUCUGCCCCCUGGUGGUAGACAUCCGAGACUGAGCCUGUGGGUCGCCCUCCUGCCCCGCAGAUGUUAUUUUUCUAUUCCAGCAGAGCUGGUGCCUGCGUUAGAUAAAUAUUUUGUGUGUUCAUUCCUUC